GGUGCUACAAAGAAGGUGUUCAGCGCAGCUCAAGCUUAAAGAAAGCUCUCCCAAACUCGGAGAGACAUCUAUGGCGAGAGUCAAGAACCCAAACAGCGCUGAUCUGGCAUUGACAUCUUUACGGCCAGCCCUGUGAAUGAUAGGCUGCACUUAGCCUCAGCAUCAACACCUCGCGCCAUCACCGGGCAGCUAUAAUGGAGGUUGAUGGAGAGGAGGACUCUCUCCAGACGAGAAAUCUACCAGAGUUUGAUGUCUCCUUUCGAGAUACGCUGCCAUCCUUUUAUUUCCACCACAUCAUCGACCCCAUCGCCGCAACCCUCCGUGUCGAAGUGCUGGGCCCCAAUCUCGCGUAUACUUUUCGACACGACCGCGCAAAAGAGAAGCGUAUACCGGCUUCCGCCAUCUUCACACGUCUGAACGGCAAGACGACAGGCUUCCUCGCCCUUCGAACCGAUGCCGGCAAGAAGAGAAUCGUACUGGCCUGGGCAGAGAGUGGACAUGGGGCCAGCCUGAAUGGCGAUUUGCUCGAUCCCGAGCCGAGCGUCCUCCCCAAUGACGUGUGGGCACAAAGAGUGGUUUCCAUGGGCAAGAUUUUCGGCCUGCGGAUGAACCGCCCAUAUGACGGCCGAAUGUCCCAGGUCAUGGGCCGAGACAUGUCUGGCAUAUUUCUGGGCGGCCAUGUGGAGGUGAAGCUCGCGGUGCACGCCGUCUUUGUCCUGCUCAACAAGUUUGACAUCACGCAAGACCUAGACAACGUCUCGCUCAGACAUCUCAAGAGACUGCGAGGCGCACGAUGGGAAGACGGCUCGAGGCCUGCCUUUGAGAUUUACUUUUCGCGCAAGAACUGCCACUUUUGCGGGAAAUUCGUCAGGACGCUCCAGAAGGCUACGGGAAUCAGAAUCAAGCUUAUAUGGAGAGAUCGUCUGGUGAAAAUCGUGUACGAAAAGAGAGACAUGACCAAGACGAAUCCGACGAACCGGCCGCAGACGCAGCAGCAAUCGCAGCCACGGGAGCUUAUUGACAUUGACGUGGACGACUGCGUGACAAUCAUUACGGAGAUGACAGAGGAGGUUCGCGCUAUUGACCUGAUCGACCUCUCCCGCGACCAUGGCUCCGCCCCUUCCGAGAUUAUCAACCUCACAGGCGACAAUCGCGAGGAAAAUACCGCUGCUGCUGGCAGCCAAAACAACGCCGGCUCUACCCCCCCUGAACAAGGACAACAUGGAUCAUCGCGUUCCGUAGCAGACGCUUACAUCGACGGCCUGGCAUAUUGUGUCGGCCAAAUCGAGCAGUGCCCUGCAAGCGCCCAAACCGCCAUCCUAGAACUCGCCGAGAAGUUCCACCAGCGCAGCGCAGCCGCAGCAGCAGCCCGUGCCAACAUCAACAAACCUCUCCCUGCUACACCUCAGAUAGCACCACCAAAUUGGGGCGAGGAAACUGCCGCUUUGCCGACCCCACCAUCUACCGACGAUAGAUUGGACAAUGGGAUGAAUGGCGAUGCGCUGAGAGCUUUACUGGACCGCAACGGGGAGAGCAAUUCUCGGAUGGAAGAAGAUGCCUCGAGGCCGGCUAGCCAAACGGUGACUCGCAUUGAGAUUUACAGCGCCGGAGAUGCUGGAGCAGAGGCCGCUGUAUCUACCAGUCAACCUCAGGGCCGGAAAAGACUUUCUUUCUACAUUGACGUUCCUUCUCGGCGAUGGUCCAACUCUCCUGACCCUUUUUAAGCGCUGAGAGGAUGAUGAAUCUCUUUUUUUCUCAACAAAAUGUGAAAGUAAUGGUGGCAAUUGUUCUUGUUUUAUGAGCUCAGAUCUCAUGUAUAUAAAGCUACCAAGAGCAUUUUCUACUUUUUUUUUUUUAAUUUUCACAUCUAGCUUUUUCUUCUUCUUAUUAUUUAUUAUACAGGCCUUACUAUUUUAUCGCCAA